ACUUCCUCGCUCCUCGUCGUCCUAUAAAAGCGCGUGCUGUUGCGGUGAGGUCUCGGCGGUGAGAGAGGAUGCAGCAGGAGAUUUAGCUCUCCAGAAAUACUCAAAAAGGCGUUUAAGUUUGCUUCAGGAUGCGUCCGUAACCCACCGACUUUUCCUUUCUUGAAAUCCAAACCUUCUUGUUUUAAAAAAGCUUCGUUAUUUUUCUUCUAUUCCUGGAGAGCUCAAUGCACCUUGUGUCCAAGAAAAUGAUCGGGAGAGGACUGUUCAUCCUGACGAUACUGUCCAACUGCGGUAAGCAAAUACUGAAUCGGAUGGAAGUUGAUUGAAAUGUUGGUGAGGUUUGUUUAAGGGAGAAAUCUGCAGGAUGAGGUGGAACUGCAUUGUUUCAGCACCAAGGACAGAGACUAACGCGUCUUUAAAUUGAGCUGCACCUUUGGCACAUUCACUCCCCUGUCACUAAAGCAGUGUGUGUUUGUUUUAGUAACAGAGAGACUCACAUAAGAGCUGCGGGGAUUAAACACAGAUAGGGCAGAUAAUGAUGUGAUGAUUCAUACUUUUUCCUGUCUUUCUUGCAGUUCUGUCAUUGCCAGUGACUCCAAGUCAGCUGGAGAAUGAAGACGUACAGGUACACAUUUAUAGUGACACAAUGACAGUAUCUAUUUUAACGAGAACAUGCAUUAAUAUUAUCAUUGGAGUCAUGGGUAACACUUUACAAUAACCAUAAUCUAUAAAUGGAAAAUAGAUAGUUUAUUCAUGUAAGUUAAUAGUAACUUUACCAUUAACAAGCAAUGGAAUUAUGAUUAAUAACUUUCAUUAAUUAUUAAUGGAUUAUUGAUUUAAGGUUUAUAUAGGGUUUAAAUAUUGGUGGUAUAACAUCUAGAUUAAAAUGUGUGUCAGUAACACUUUGUAAAUGGUUAAUAUUUGUUUUUUUUAACCAUCUAUAAACAUUACUUAGAUGGUUACUGUAAAGUUGCAACUGAUGUUUGUAAUACUUUGUAAAUGAUUAAUAAGUGGUUUAUAAACAUUACUUACAUGGCUAUUGUAAAGUUAGUGUCAGGUUUUUUUAAAUUGCAAAAUAUACAAUUUAUUAAUGGUCUAUAUGCUAUUUAUAAAACUAUCUGCUCACCAUUUAUAAAUGGUCUAUUUACCAUCUGUAAGUUAUGGUUACUGUAAAGUGUUACCCAGUAAUGUUAGUUUAAAUGCAGUGUGGAAAUAUAUUUGAAACCUUUAAUUUAACAAAUUGAAUGAUUCAUAUUUACUACAACAGUUUUAAUUUCCAAGCAGAGAUGAGAAUAUUUAACCUGAGCCCCAAACUCACCUAGAUUCCUCCUCUGCCAGGGGUAUAAUUUGAUUGUGACCUUGUUUCAAUCAAUAAAUCCCAUUCUGGGAGCAAUGGAGAGGCUUGUCCUCCAUGAUUUGGUGCUGCUGGAUCCAUUUCACAACUUGAUAGAGAGAGAGAGAGAGAGAGAGAGAGAAAGAUAGAGAGAGAGAGAGGGAGGGAGGGAAAUGAAGGAGGGAGGUUUGAGUGAUGCGUAAAAGAGUGAUGAGAGUUGUGCGAUGGGACUGUUUAUGUUCAAAGAUCUGGCAGGCAUGACUAAUAAUCUGCACGAAAAAUCAUCAGGGAUGCACCACUGGCUUGAAAUUAAGGGCACAAUGGGAGUUGAAAUGAUUUUGAUCUCUCAUCUAAGAGGAUCCUGUCUUUGAAUUAGUGGUUGAGUAAGCACUGGAGCUGUUUUCAAAGAGCGGUAGAUGAAUUUUAAUCCAUAAAACUGUGUAAAUUUAUUCCCAAAUAGCCCCAAACAAGUGGAGAAGUGCUUCAUUACAGCACCAGAUCCUUGACUCAUACUGAGUGUAGUAGCAUCUCAGUUUACAGUAACGUCACUGACUCUCCAAAGAGGCAAUUUCAACAAUUUUUCAUUGCCGAGGCAUGCCCCAGGCAAACAUCAGACUGUAGAGGGAAAAGGUUUUUAAAUCCUGUUGUGCUUCGUCUGCGUCUGCAGGUGAUGAAAUGCAUCGUGGAGACGUUGGCGGACGUUUUAUCGAGGCCCCACCCCAACCCUGUCAGUCAGGAGUGCUUGGUCACACUGAGGACAGGUAAGCCACACCUGAAGGAGAACAGCUGGGUGUUUCAUAAAACUGAAUAUUUUUAUUUAAAUUAUUGAAAAAUUGAUGGUCAAUUGUGUGAUUCACUUAAUAUGUAUUUUGAUGGGGACAGUAAAGCAGCAUGGGCAAUAUCAGGUAAUAUAAUAGAGGCUUGAUUAUUCUGAAUCCUUCUUGUCACCACUCACUUUAACAGUAAAUUAACGUUGAAAACUAUUAAUACUGUUAAAUAACUAAAAUCAGUUUUAUUUUCUUUAGCCCCUUUGCUCGGACAGCAACCGAGAGACUAAACCCUUUAGUCUUUAAACCCUGACGUGACAAAAAAGAGACAUUUUAGCUUUAUUCAUAAGAUGAUAAAGCUACUACUUUGGUUUAAUAUUAUUAUAUUUCAUAUAAGAUGAAACUCUUCCUAAGAUUGCUGUACUAGUUUACAAUCAACACAAUAAUCUCCAAAAAACAACACCUCACUCUUUGAGUCAUUUUCUUAAAGCUCCUGUUAGUAUUUUUUGGAUGUUUAUGAAACAGACUGAAAAUUCUAAUUGAUGCGUUUUAUGGCAAUUAAAUACAAAUAAAACCAAAAGCAAUAUUAUCAAUUAUUAUUUUCCUGUAAUUUUUAUUAGAUGAAGCCAGUGUGAGGGGGUAGGUGGCAGCAGCGCAGCUGAAGAAACAACCAUGUUUUUACGUUUCCCAUAUUAAUAUUCUCAAUUAAUGAGGGAUUUGACUCACUAGGAUUAAUUUUUUUGACAGAUGUUCUGAUUUCAGUAUGUAGAGGACAAGAGAGGGGCCAAAACUGUCACGAAACAAAAGUUCCUCACAGGAGCUUUAAUGUUUGUAUCUUAAAAAGUGCCAAAACUGUCACGAAACAAAAGUCCCUCACAGGAGCUUUAACGCCUGUAUCUUAAAAAGUGCUCCAGUUUUAGGUCAAUCACUGAGAGCACCUGAACUUACGCUAUCAAUGGAUUUGUAACACUUUAGAAAAGCUUAUAAAGAUUUUUUGUUUGUAAUUUCUUUUGCUUUAAACAUAAUCAAAAUAUCCAAUCAAUAUAGAAAUUUUAAAUGUUGUAUCCUCAGCCAUUUCCUUCGAAAAUACGAACUUAACAAAUACCCCUUCAGUCUGAAAGAAACCAAUAAGUACUCUCCUUCUUUAUUGAGUGUUAAGUGCCAACAUCAUAGGGUUAAUGGAUUGAUGCAAUGGCUGCUGGGUAGAAAAAAAAAACUGUAGGGUUAUAUACAGCAGGGUCACUAUCCUGGUAGUGACUAUUCGGUUACAAUGUGAGUGUAUUACCUUGAAGCUGUCCUUGUUGUAAAAUCAAUCAGAGCAUUACUCACCGGGUGUUUGUUCCUGAGAGAGAGGGAAACUGAACCAUCAGAGGGAUGACAAGAGAAAGAGAGAGAGAGAGAGAGAGAGAGAGAGAGAGAGAGAGAGAGAGAGAGAGAGAGAAAAGAGGGGGUGUCAAAGUCAAGGAGAGAAAAGAAUAAAGGAAAGGUUUGGUGAGGCAGAAGAGAGAUCAUGAGCUGAUAUUACAGCACAGCUCUUGUCUUUUUUCUGUUUGCUGAGUACAGUACGCAGCGCCGUUUGUGGGUCAGCAGAAAGUCCACCGCUCACUGCUGCAGGGAGUCUCUGUGGGGCCAAAUGAUUAAUUGUCUUCUUGCUUCGAAAGCAGUAAAUUUCAGGGCAAUAAUCUGUGACGAACCGCUCAAGCGAAUUGCUGAGUCCUUUGAAAGAGUGAAGGUGAAAGAUGUAUACCUGUGUUUUACCCCCCACAGGGGACAAUUACAACCUUUUUAAGUGCUGUUUUUGUUUCUGGUUAUUGCCGAAUUCAUGGUGAUCAUUGCUUAGACUGGUGCACUCAUAGACUGUAUAUACAAUGGACAGCGUCUUCCUCCUUGCUGGGUGAAGCCACUCGGAGAACAGCACCCUCUAUUGAUGGGCUGCAGUAUAGGUCAUAAGUCUGUCUACUUUUUCUUUUUUUCUUUUUUCUGUGCAGCUCCAUUUUCAAAAGCUAUUUGGGGUUCUUAUUUUCUAUGAUUGACACUUGAUACAGCCUAUGGGCGUGCGAAGAUUGCGUAGCGAUACGCUGUUUGAGCCGAGCAUCAUCACAGCGACUCACCCGCCGAAUACGUACAAUGCUACUGCGCAAGUGGUGGUUCCAGGAAGCGGAGAAAAUCCUGGAAAUACCAGAGCAAUUCGGCUUCAAAUUUGUAUGAUGAUAGAAGGUUACCUACCUGGUAGCUAGACAGUAUUGACUUUGUAGUUAUCGUGUAAUUACCAGAUAAUUUCAUGUUGUUACUAGGUAAUUACCUGGUAAUUACCUGGUAAUAAGUGUACCGUAAAAGAAAGCGUUACAGAAAAUUCUCAUUUUGCCUGUUUUUUUCCCUGCACAAAAAACAGCCUCAGGCAUGUAUAGUAUAAAUGUAAGUAUAUAUAUAUUUUAAUACAUGACUUUGCUUUUAUGCAGAUGACAGACUGGUUUCUAUCCUUCGCCAUCACAACUUUCUAAAGGAGCUGCAGGAGAUUGCUGUGAAAGGUGAGUCUUAAACACACAGCUGGUGGCUCGCUAACAGCGUUAUUUGUAUCUAUAUAAAGAGAAGAGUAACUCUUUAAAACUCUCAGGUGGUCUGGAGAGAGCUCAGCUGCAGAGAGGAGCUGGUUUACCUGACACAACAACACCGACUCUUCAAACUUCAAGUGAUGUUGCUGGUGAGUUUUCUUCCAUUUUUGGUUGCCAGAGGUGGGGGAAAGUCCAAAUCGAGUCUCAAGUCUUUGCUCUCAAGUCCGAGGCAAGUCCAAGUCAACACAGACAAGUCCCAAGUCAAGUCCAAGUCCUGAACUUUUUGUUUCGAGUCCCAACCAAGUCCUAGGAAUAUUGCUUCGAGUCCCAACCAAGUCCUUACCGUUUCUUUCAAGUCAAAAACAAGUCAUAUCAAAGCCAUUUGUUAUAUGUAAAGAUCAAGUCACUGGGCUCAAGUCAAGUCAAGUCUCAAUUUUUUAGCAAUCAAGUCCCAUGCAAGUCCAAGUCAGUUCUUGAUUUCAUCAAGCAAGUCAAAAACGGGACUCAAGUCCAAGUCGAGUCUCGAGUCGAGUCGUCAAGCCCCCACCUCUGUUGGUCGCUUGAAGACCCAAAUACAUAAUCCACACCUUCCCUUGUUGCUUAUUUCUCAUUAUAGUUUCAGCGUGAUCCAUUUUGAGGAGCUUCUAAUCAAAAUUUAAAACAUACCAGCCGUCAAAAUGAUGCACGACUACCAUUAGGCUAUUUUCCAUUUUUAUGUUGUCAACAAAGCAAAGCUGAGAAAUGGAGGAGACUUGUUAUGCAAAGGAGGAUUUAAACUCAUGUUUCUAGUGGACAGAAUCAGGACAAACACAAAGUACUAUCACCUAAAGACCAUCUGGGUCUUUUUAAGCCAGUUCCAGACUUCAGCAGAGCAAAUGGUCUAGCCAUAAAAUAUAGAAUAUACGUAACUUAUGCAAAACUAAUGUUAGAGGUAGAAAGUUGAGUCAUUUUGAUCAAAAAUUACUUCAAAUGAUUCGAUUCAUUGGGGCUGUAAACAAAGGUAGGCCUGAGAUUUUAACUUGUAAAUAAAGUACAUCAAGAGGAUCAAAUAUUUACAUUGAAAAGCGCAAAAGAAUCUCAGCGGCUAACUUUUGUGCCUUUCUUGUAAGCACUUUCCUUAAACAUCACAGAAAAAUCAAUGCCUUCCAGUAAAUUAAAUUCCCUCCUCUCCCCGCUUGCAGAUCAAUCCAUGUUGGAGGCUUUAGGAGGCCCCGGUGAGAGAUCCAUCCUGUCUCAGAAGAGGACGACGAGGCAUGGAGUAGGAGAGGAAGAAAAGGAUGACAGAACGGAGGAUGGAGAGUCGCAGGAGGACAAUAACAUCACGGAGGAGGUGCAAGUCAAGAGAGGAAAUGAUGAGAGCCCUGGAAGUCAUGUCUCUGAGGUCAAGGAUGAGUGGAGUGAAGGAAAGGCUGAAAAGAGAGAGGAGGAAGAGGAGGAGGAGGAGAGUGAUUUAAAUUCACAGGAGAAAUCAGAGGAGGGAAGCAUGGCCAAGGAAAAAAAAGGCAAGUAGAUUCGUCUUCAUUUACUUAUCUUUGUAUGUAUGCCUGCCGUUUGUUUGCUAUGAGGAUUCGUCGAUAAAAACACUGAUGCAAAAGAAACAAGGAAGAAAUGCACAUUUAUAUUUCAAGACAGCAGGGGAAGUUAUAUUCUCAUUUUUUGAUUGAAUUACGAGAUGAAGUUGACCGAGAGCAGAUGGCUGAAUCUUAAGAUAGGGAGAGUGCAGAAAGAUAAAUUGCUUUUGCAGAUAAAACAGUCUGCCACCUCAGGGCUGGUGAUUGAUUGAAGUGCUUCCAUCUACAUGAUGAGUUCGACCCUCCCCCAACCCUCCCUCCCCACACACCCCCCCAUCCCACAGCAGAGUGGGGCCAACACGGCUGGCAAAGUGACAGCACACCCAGAGAAAUGAUUAAAUGUGUACAUGUCCCAGAAUUCUGAUGAGCUACAGUGAGCGGCUGGGUUUACUGGACGUCCCCCCGCUGUAUCCAGGGUCGAGUCUACAAUAACAGUGUGAGAGAUUAUACAUCAUAUUGACAAAUAUAUAAAAAAUAUUAUUUCCUUUUUUUAAAUGCAAAAGAAGUUUUUAUAGAAAGGAUUCCAAUAUUGGAAAUGGGCUCAGCUUGUGUUUUAGCAAUAAACUGUAUAUAGUAUGGACGCCGUCUGCCUCCUCGCUGGGUGAAGCCACCGCGAGAACAGCACCCUCUGGUGACGGGCUGCAGUAUAGGUCAUAAACCCUGCUUCUGCCAGCAAAGCGUAUGGAGCUGUGCAAUAAUAAUAAAAAGAAUGAUUGUACCAGUUGAAUAGCAUAAAAUAGAUAAAAAUACUCAUAAAUGUGAAGAAGUGACUGUUAUUUAGGGAGAGAGAAGGUGAAGGAGGGCUGGGGUGGAGAGUGGGGGGAUAGUAGGGAUACGGCUUGACUUACCCGCUCCUAUGGUCAACUUACCCCAUACACGGGGUAAGUUGACCACAUAGACUGUAUAUAAAAUGGACACCGUCUGCCUCCUCGCUGGUUGAAGCCACUCUGAAAACAGCACCCUCUGGUGACGGGCUGCAGUAUAGGUCAUAAAUCCCACCCCUGCCAGCAAAGCUUAUGGGGCUGUGGACAAACUUUAGAAAUUUAUUAUUGUAAGACUGGUUUGUGCUCAAGUCCUCUUUUUUUCUGUACAGCACUGUUUUUAAAAGUUUUUAAGGGGUUCAUGUUUGCGAUUGACACCCGAUACAGCCUAUCAGCGUUCAGGGAUUGCAUAGCUAACCGGGGGGAUACACUGUUUGAGCCGAGCGUCAUCACAGCAACUCUUGGUGACUAUCCCACCGAGUGCGCGCAUCGCUACUGCGCAGCUCUGAUUUCAGGAAAUGAAGAACAAUCCCGGAAAUACAGAGAGCUUCUUGGCUUCAAAUCUGUAUACUGACGGGAGGAGGAACCAAGUUGUCCAUAGUAUAUAAAGUCUAUGGUCUUAAUACAUGCUUUUAUUUUGAAAUGUUUUCCAUUUUGUGUAAAGGAUUUUAGAUUUCCUGCAUUUUCAAACAAAGCUUCUGUUUUGAAGCCGUCCACUACCUCUUCUCUGUCUUUCCUCUAUCUUAAGACACUUGGUAACCAGCUAAAAGGAUCACUGCUCUUAAGUCACGAUAUCAGCCCAUGUUUUGUAUGAUAUCAGAAUUUUAUUAUUGUUAGCGCUGGUGUUUUGUGACAGCCCUAAUUUGGAAGUUUUCUCAAAUGCUGCACAUAGACAGAUGGUACUUUUACUCAAAAAGGAGACGUUUAUGUUUCCAACAAAAUACCAAUCUAGGUUUAAAACUCUUAGAAUAAAUUUAAACCAGUGUUCAUAGUUUAAAAAAGAUAAUAACUGGCAGACAAUGGCAUAAAAUGACAAAUUAUGGUAAAAUCAAAUAAGAGGAAUCAUUACCGCUGCACAAUAUGAAGUAAUUGUUCCCACAAGAUUGUAAAGUGAGAGAUUAUGUUCCCAUAUCAGAGGAAGAAAUCAAAGUCAGAAAGGUAACAGGAAAAACCAUCAUCCUCCAAAGGAAGGAAAAGAUUUCAAGCCGUCUUUCCUGACAAGUUUUUAGCUGAGGUGUCAUGGGACGGAGGUGAAGACUUCCACUCUUUGACAAGUCUGUGUAAUCCUCACAUGGAGACUGUAAUGAAGUCUACCUAUUUCUGUCUGAAGACCUCUCAGCGGAUCGAUAUUCUUUUCUUAACUGAAGCAGCAGAGUACAAUAAAAUAUGCAUACCUGCUCUUUAAAAGGGAGCUUUAGCCAAGUCAUUUCAUUGCUCCAGUCUCCUAUAAAGCACAGCUAGCAGCACUGUGGGUGAAGCUGCCAGCUGGCACCAAAUAUUUCAUUAAACGGAGUGGAUUCUUGCUGAUGGUGGAGAUUGUUCAGUCGCUGGUCCGGUCGAGGUGUCUCAGUUCAAAACACAUUUAAAAAAAAAUGUCCAUGUUCUUUGUUUUUGUUUUUUUUCAGGUGCAAGAUCAGGUGAAAAGAGAGACGCACACAGAAACAAGUCAAAGGAGAAGAAGUCUGAUGAAGAAGAUCAGGAAGAGAAAGACAAGAGAUCCGUGUUUUUCCCACACAGAAAAAAGCAGAAACACCCGCAGGAGGAAGAGGUGGUGAAAGAGGAGUCCAAGAGAGGGAGUUUGGAGAGUGUAAAACGAUGGACCAAGAGGGCGAAGGUGAUUUCACUGAGGAAGGAGGCGGAGGAAAAAGAGUUAGAAGUGCCGCACCAUUCAAAAGAGGUGUCAGAGGAAGUGGAAGAGAAGAAGAAGAGAAACAUGCAGAAGAGUCCAGAGGAGAAGGAACUGCAGAUGAUCGCGAGGAGCGGACCUGAGGAGGGGAGGGUGCUGGAGGAAGAGGGGAGCGCCAGCCGGAAAUCAGAGGUACACUGUCAGUAUAGAUUAUGACCCACUGGUUCAGUUUAUGGGAGUACAAGGUUUGCGUAGCUCACCCAUGGGGCGAUAUUUUUUUUUGUAGGAUGGUAGGGGAAAGUCACGCCCUCCUUCGCCUCUGAUUGGCUAGAAGUGAUGGGCUCCAAUUGGUUAUUCCUUAUGGCUGUGUAACAUCAUCGUCUGUCAGGUUAGGGUUAGGAGAUUCAGAAGUGCGAUAAUGUUCUGUAAUGUUCUGUUCGAUGUUCAAAGCCGACAGCCCGCAUUUGGCUUGAGCGUGUGAUGACGUUUCCAGCUUUUCUAGCCAAUCAGAGGCGAAGGAGGCGGGACUUUCCCCUACCAUCCUACAAAAAAAAAUACAGAAUUACUGCAAGCUUUUUGGCUUUAAAUCCGUAUACUGGCGGAAGGCGGAACCAAGUUGUCCAUAGUAUAUACAGUCUAUGUGUAGUCCCGAUCAACACAACUGCUGUCCGUAGUGUUUGAUCAAUGAUUAUAGCACACAAAGGGGUUAACAGUCGGUCCCUGCUAGAAGUCCCACCCCUAACCUAAAUAUCGCUCUUCAAUACAUGUAAUUGGCUGUCCCCGCUGUCACUACAUCUGCCUGUAAAAGUUACCUGCUAAUUGGACCGUACGGGAGGCAGACAGUGCAUGUUAUCUGCAGCCAUGAAGUCUAAGUUGUCAACAUGUUUGGUAUAUUGUGCCUGGGUCACGUCAGCUUAAACGUAUUUUAAUAUCAGCGAUGUCAUUUACUUUUGUAUUUGUGUCAGUUUGUGCGUGUGUGUGCCUCUACAUGAUCCAAAAUUAUGAUUGCAAAUGCAAAAAAACUUUCGGGGGACAAUUUUGGGUCAAAAUCAAACCCACUCCCUUGCACACGACACUGACUCCCUAUCACACUACAGCUCUCAUCUGUGCUUGUUUACAUCAGGGUAGUGCAGCUGUAUAUUAAGGCAGUUGUCAUCAACCAAAGCUAAAGACCCAUUUAAGACUAGAGUUAUUAAAUAUUAACAAUUGGUUUAAAUGACGAUUAAUUUUCAGGGAUUUUGUGGGAUAUGUGUGGGAUGUGGUUAUCGAGUCAUUACCACAGCUGUCAGUCAACCAGGACAGAGUUGUAUAAACUCUGCUGACCACCCCCUCAAACUUAGUGAUAUCACAGUGGCUGCUAACUGUCCUUCUCUGCGUUUGGUAAACAUAUUAUAUCUUCCCUGCUGCAGAAAAUCCAGGUAUCCUUCUGUUUUGUAUAAUAAAAAAUAAUGAGGCAGUCCGUCCUGAAGCUGGAAUCCCAUUGAGAUGCAAAAUGCAGCAGCUGCUGCUUGGCAACAUGUUUAAAGGCGACCACUUAGACAGUGAUAGCCUGAAUGGCCGCACGCUGUUUCAUAUUUGUUCUGACAGUGAGGCGAAAAGAGGCGAUUCCGGUCUUAAUGUGUCCUGCUCACCACCUCACGAAACACACCUGAAGGCUGAGUUGAUUAAGAGCUUUUUUUUUUUGACCGGUUCCUCUCUGAGUAAUUAUUCACCUCUUUUUGUCUUCUCAUCUUAUCUGCAGGAGCCAGAGAUUGAAAGCUUGGCGGCCAUCGAGUCCGAGCUGGAAAAUGUUGCCCAGAAACUCCACGAGAUGCGACGAGGCUGAGCGAGAGACGGGAGAGUAAAAGUUGACCUCGUAGCCUCCUCUGCCUCUCCGUCCUCCUCUGCUUUACCAGCUGCCUGGUUUUCCUCAGAUAGAGCGUGUGAAUAUGUGACGAGAUUUUAUCUUUUGCUAUUUUUUCGGGAAGACGCCCUCUUGGCACCAGACUUGCUGCGGCCUCCCCCCUUGUAACAUCCUGUCCUUCACAUAGAUUAGUAAACAGUAGAGACACAUCGCACCUAGACAUGCAUACUGAACACCAAGAAACACACAAUUUGUGUGCACUCGGAUACUUAAUAAAAAAUUCAGCAGAUAUUGCAAAGGCCUGAAAGGAGAAAUCUUUCUGUCAGUGAAGGUUGACAGCUUGUUUUCUCUCUGACAAUCAUCAUCUCUCUCUCUCUGAAAUGUGUCUUGCCUGCUUUUCUGAUUAUUUUGACACGACACAUUGAUUUGUGUAAAAGUCCGAGGUAGACUCCAGGUAAACACACACACCAAAAAGAUGCGGUUGUACAAUAACAGCAUGUAUACAUGUACAAAGACUUUCUGCUAGGCUUACUUCAUAGACGCUAGCUCGGUGUAGAUAAAGCUGACUCGAAUCAAGCAAAGGCAAUAAGUGAACAUUUUUAGCAGAUUAAAAAAUGGAUUAUAGUCUAACCUGUAAUUAAUUUAUGUAAGAAAACCAAUAAAUGGAAGUGUGUUGAUGUGAAA